AUGAUACGAAGCAGUUGUCGAAUAGGAAGACUACAUAAUCAAUUAUUAUCAAGCCCCUUUAAGGUGUCAACACGGCAGUUUUCAUUUGACCACAACGCUAUCGUCAAUACAUUCACACAUGCAUUUGAAAGUCUACAUGAAACCAGCGGACUACCAUGGUGGGCCCUAAUCCCCAUCACCACAUUCGCCCUAAGGUCAGUUUGGACGUUGCCAUUAGCCAUAAUACAGCGGAAAAGAAUCCAAAAGCAAAGUGCAUUGAAACCGAUUGUUAGCGCACUAAAUCCUAUUUUGAAGAUGAAUUUAGCAAAAAGGGUUCAAAGGGCGAAACAGUUACAACAAGCUUCUUCCUCCACCACCACCGCGACUGAUGAGUCAGUCAAGGCUGCACAAGCUCCGUUGGCCAAUAUGACAUAUGAGCAGAUUUUACUUCUUAGUUCAAAGGAGACGCGAAAGCGCCAGAAACAACUCUUUAAGAAGCACAAUGUACAAAUAUGGAAGAAUUUCAUCCUACCUACUUUCCAAGUGCCUCUUUGGAUUAUCAUGUCGUUGACCAUGAGGGAUCUUAGCGGAUGGUCCUCAUGGGACAACUUACACAACAAGGCCUUGGACCCAAGUUUAUACGUUGAGGGUUGUUUAUGGUUUCAGGAUCUUGCAGUUGCCGAUCCCAUGCAUGUUUUUCCUUUAAUUUUGGGUGUUAUUUCACUAUGCAAUGUUGAGUGGACAUUUAGGACGUUGGAGCUUUCGAGAUUGACGCAGAGGUUAAAGUAUCGGCCGAAUUUGACUGAUGCAGUUGGCAAUUUUGCGCGAAUGUCGAUUGUGUUCAUGAUGGCUAUUUCGAUACAUGCACCUGCUGCGUUGGUGUUGUAUUGGAUUUCGUCACAGGUGUUUUCAUUGGUUCAGAAUGUCGUGUUGGAUAUUAGGUAUCCUAUUUCGUUUACGCCAAGGAAGAGAUUUGGUGGGGAUAUCUUGGAUGAUUGA